AUGUCCGUGCGCACCCUCGAGCUCACCUCCAACCUCCCACUACCCACAAUGAUGCUCGGUGCUCUGGGCUCAAUUGCCCUAGCCUACGCGUUAAUAUGGAUCUACACCCUCCUCACCGUCCGCUCUCGCCCCGUCCUCGAAGGCAAGAAGAUCCUGGUACUCAUCGCUCACCCAGACGAUGAAGCAAUGUUCUUUGCGCCGACGAUGCUCGGAAUCACGAAUCCGAGCUCGAGGAAUGAUGUGCGUGUGUUGUGCUUGUCGACCGGGAAUUCGGCGGGGUUGGGUAAGACGCGGGCGAGGGAGUUGGAGAAGUCGUGUCAGGCUAUCGGUGUACAACCUGGCAAAAUCGAGUCUCUCGAUCACCCUGCUCUUCAGGACUCGAUGAGCAUAACCUGGGACCCCACCGUCGUCUCCCAACAAAUCCAGAAAUACCUAUCCACCGAAAAAACCGAGGUGGACGUAAUCCUCACCUUCGAUACCCGCGGAAUCUCCUCCCACCCCAACCACAAAUCCUGCCUCAUGGGCGCAAAAUCCUACGCUUCCUCCACAAACAAACGCGCAGCCCGAAAAGACACGCCCAUAUCGCUGUAUACCCUAACCACAACAUCCUUCUUCCGAAAAUACGCCGGGAUAUUCGAUUCCCCUUUCACGCUGUUCGAUGCCAAUUUCGCUCUCGGACGACAGAUGAAGCACUACAAAGCCGAAUUGAGGAAGCGAGGGAUUGAUACGAGGGAUGAGCGUGCGAGGGGGGUGUUGGUGUACAUGAACUCGCCCCUCCAACUCAUAAAAUCCCAACGCGCGAUGCGAAAGCAUGAAUCACAGAUGGUGUGGUUUAGAUGGGGAUGGAUUUUUCUAUCGCGGUACAUGGUACUCAACGACUUGCGGCGAGUGAGCCCAGUGGAUAUGGAUGAUUGAGUUACUGUAGAGGAGAAGUGGUGAAGGAAAAGCUUUUUAUUUACGGGCUAGAUAUGCUGGAAUGUCCAUCUACGCCUUUUUGUCCCAUAUGGGACGUGGUAUAUAUGUUUGUGUCAUCGACUCAUCCACUCU